CAGCGCGUCGGCGAAGCCGCAGUCGCCGGGACUGGCCGAGGGGGCGUCGGGAGCGGCCGGGAGAGCCGGCGAGACUCGGCGGAGCGUUCCCCAGCUGGGCGCCUGGGCCGCCGCGACCGCCCCUUCUCGGGGGACUUGGCAGAGGAGACCCGCCUUCGGGAGGGAGCGAGAGGAGCAGGAACUUCGUGCUCAAAAGGUGCAGAAGAACUGAGCCCCUUGCCUUCCGAGGCCACCCGAGACCAGGUGGGGCCAUGGCAGGGCAUGGCUGUCUGGGACUGGGGCUGUUCUGCUGGGUCCUGCUUGCUAUUCCCGUGGGCCCCCAGCCUGCCUCCUCCAUCCCAGGUGCCCCUCUCACCACUUUGACCCCACCACCUCAGAGUGAGGCCUCUAUGCUGUCUCUCAACCUGGGACUUAACUUCAAAUUCCACCUUCGGGGACCUGCCGCUGCUUGGGGGAGCCCUGUCACGGAGACCCAGCCGCUCUCUCCUGGGUUGAGCCGGGAACCAGUGGAAGAGGUGGCCAGUGGGCUGAGGACUGACCCCCUUUGGGAACUGCUGGUGAGCUCCCUUGGGAACUCCCCCCCAGAGUGGGGCUCUGCUGAAGGCAGCUCUACUCCCUGGGCCUCCUCCCUGCCUCUGGAAUCCACAUCCCCACUCUCUGGGCCCACCGACCAGCCCCCUGCUCCCUAUCAGCCCAGGAUGGGCACCGUGACCUGGGACACUGCUCUGACGGCCACAGCAUCUCCAUCCAGUGCUCCCCGGCCCCACCAGAGCGAGCUGGAGCUGAAGUUUGACAUGGCACUGAGAGCGGGUGCAGCCCCCACGCUUGGGCAUCGAACGCUGCCCCUGCUGCCCAGCCUGAGGGCCAGCCUGGCAGAGAUUGCUGGGCGCCUGGGACCCUUUGGGUUCUUCGGCACUACUCUAUCCCCACUCCGGAACUUCUCAGGCUCCAGCUCCCCAGGCCCAACUACAUCCCCAGCCUCUGCCUUCAGAGUUUCGGAUUCUCCAGGAUUCUUUGGCACCUCUCUGUCCCCACCCCCAGCCCCCCUGGAGAGAAAGCUCUCAAGCCAAAGCCCGCUGGACCCAGCUGCUUCCCUAAGCUCUGCCUUGAUUGCAACAGCAUUGUUAGACCCCGCCAUCCCCACCUCUGGUCCAGAUGACCCCUCUGCCGCCAGCCUUGGGAACCCCUCGGUGCAGCCAGAGUGCGGGACAGAGGUCUGCAGCAUCGGAGAAUUGCCCGAAGGGGAGGGCCAGCCUCCUGUGGCCCGGCUGCCCCUCUUCUUCCUGACCCUGGAGGCCGAUUGGGCAGAGGCCAGGGCUCGCUGGGGUCUGGCCUGGGAGGCCCAUGUGUACGGGGUAGGCGCACUCUUCGGCCUGGUGGCCCUGCUGGCGCUGCUGGCUCUGGCCCUCUUGCCCUGGCGCUGCCCGCCCGGCGCCCCCUGCCUGGCGCUGCUGGACCUGCUCCUGUUCUCGGCCGGGACCACGCGCGCCUUCCCGCUCUUCUACGACGCCUAUGGGCACCGCGACCGGCUGCCCGCCCUCGCCUGGCUGCUGCUGCAGGACCUUCCGCUGCCCUGCUUGGCCGCCGGCCUGGGCCUGGCCUGCCUGCUGCUGGCCCGGCCGCGCCGGCCGCGGUGUCCCGCCGGCCUGGCCGCGCUGCUCCUCCUGGGGCUGGGGCUGGCGGCCGCCGCCGCCCUCGGGAGCGCCGCCCACCGCCCGCUGCGGCCCCUGCGGCUCGCCUCCCGCGGGCUGCACGCUUUCCUCGCCGCCCUCCUUUCGGGGCUCCUGCUGGCGCUCUCCUGCUGGGGGGGUCGGCGGCGGCGCGCCGGAGCGCCCCUGGGAGGGUCCGGCUUCAAGGGCGCCACACCUCUCCCGCAGGCGCGCAGCCCCUUUGCCCCGCGGGAGUCCUGGCGGCGCGCGGCGCGCACGGCCCCGGUGGCGGGUACCUUCGGGCUGCUGAGCGGAGCCCUGCAGGGCUACGAGGUGCUGCAUGCCCUGGGUUACGGCGGCCAGCCUGGCCUGGAGGGCCCCUGGUCCUGGUGGGCCUUCCAGCUAGGCCUGCGCCUGGGCGAGGUGGGCGUCGCGCUCCCAUUGGCACUGCUGGGCCUCUACCCCGCGCUCUGCAGCCCCCGCGUGCCUCCGCGCUGCUGGGCCAAGCUCUUCCGCUUGUCCCCGGGCCACGCGGCCCCGCUGCUGCCUGGAGGCUGGGUCACCGGGCCCCCGGACAAGGAGCCCCUGGGUAGCGCCAUCGCGCGUGGCGACGCGGAGCUGCUGCAGCUGUGCGCCCUGGCGGGGCCAGGCCCCGACCUCCUACUCCAGGGAGGUGGCUCCCGGGGCUUCGAAGGCGCGGCGGUCAACCCGGCACCUUCCCCGGCCUCCUCCCCCUGCAGCGACUACACCGUGGACUUCCGCCCGCCCUCCCCAAUCAACCUGCGGCGCAGCAUCGAGGAGGCCCUCUGCAGCGAGGCUCUGCUCACGCCCGGCCUCUUCCAGGGCCCUGCCUUCGGGGAAGCCUUGCCCGGACUAGGCCUCUACCGCACCACGUCGCUGGGGGCGAAGACGGGGGCCGGGUCUAGUGGGAGUUUUGAGGAGGCCCCUGGCUCCCCGGCUCCCCCAGAGCUCCCCUCUCCCGGGGCCUGGCCCGCGGGCAGCAGUGCCUCAUCCGGCUCGCUGUGCGGACUCUCGCGGGACAGCUCGUCCAUGCUGCUGUGCUCCAGCCCGGACAGGCCCCCCCGCUGUCCGCUGGUCUGCGUCCUCAGUCCCCCAAGGCCCUCAGGGAGCAGCCCUAGCCUCCCGGCCUCAGGAUCCUACCAGGCCCUGUCUCCACCUUCCCACGACUCUCCGGAGCCUGCUCCUGAGCUACAGGCCGAAGAGGCCUUGCUGCAGGAGCAAUUCCUGGACGCCUGCCGACAGAUCGACGAGCUGAGCAUGGGCAGCGACACCAUAGACCUGUGAAGAGGGGGCUCCCUCGCUGUCCCAGCCAUCCGCCCCUUUCUGGCGCCUGCUCUGCCUGAGACCUGCACACUGUAACCCUUCCCCAAUCCCGCCUGGCUCAGAUACCUCUCCCGGCUUCCUUCCCCAUCCAGGGGCCCCUGGGUGGGUGGGUCAGCAGCCAGGCUCUGUCGAUUGGGAAUUAGUGCCACCUUCUCUGGAGCCCUGGGCGUGAUGCCCUCAGCUGCAAUCCUAGGCUGGCAGUGGUCCCACUUUCCUUGGCAUUCACCAGCAAUAAAGCUCCAAGGUGCUCCACUCCUGACCACCACUCCCCACUCUGGUGCUGAGUGAGAGGGGCUGUCUUCAGAAGACCUCGGGACUGGCCUCAGUCCCCAUACCCACCUCUGCCAUGCCCAGGAAUCCCAUCCCUGCGUGAGUGAGACUCCCUGUCCUCCAUGGGACUCUUUCCCAUAGAAGGGUCUGUGGCCCAUCUAGCAGACUUCACAGCAGUUGGGUGGGAGGUGAACGCUUUCGGAGUUAAUUUAUCAAUAAAAUAUUUUC